CUUCUGCAAGCAAUGAUUAACUCUCAAAAGAGUACAACUGUGAAUUUAAGGUUACUAUUACUUAAAAAAUGUCAAGAAAUAAGAUUACCUUCAUUUAAAGAAGACUGUGCAAAUUGGUGAAUGGACUGAACAAAUCUAACCAAUACUGUGUGUGUGUGUGUGUGUGUGUGUGUGUGUGUGUGUGUCUGAGAGUGUGCAUUCUCUCAGAAGCUCUGGAGAUAAUAGGGGAGUGUGUGUAAAGACAGAGGCAUAGUGGACAGUGUGUGACAGUCACUGCCACAUCCCGACUGAUGAAAGAGUGUGUGUGUGUGUGUGGGACAUGGUUAAUGUUAGCGGGUGGGGGUUUGAUAGAGUCAUCUUGUCAUGAAAGAUGUGAUUUGAACAAUCACUAACUGUUAGCUCCUCCCCCUCCUCCUUUCGCUCCGCCAGCUGUGCUGUCUCAGCGGACGCACUGCACAUCACCUCUCUGUCAGAGCCGCUCUCCCUGGGGUCCUUUACUAAGGCUUGUAUGUCUGUUUCUUUCAGAAAUGUUCCCUUUUUACUGUUUUUGCAUAGCUCUCGGUUGAUCUCUGUAAGGUGGACCACAACUAUUAUACACCUGAAAGAAUUCAGAGGACAAUCUUCACCAUGAUUUGGAAGUAUUUCACUUUUUCAACUUUACAAAACUUUUUGGAGGAGCUACAGCUGAUUUUCAAAAUGUAAGAGUUGAUUGGAGUGAAGAGUAUUUCAAUUGACGUCUGAAAGAUUCUUCGGCCUCAUUACUGAACAAUGGGGGAGUCUGGAAUACAGAUGUGUACUUUUACGUUGGAAGCUUUACUAUGAACCAUGGAGGAAAACACUUUAUUUCUGAACCCUGAGUACAAUGACAGCACCACCGUUUGGGCACCGAUACCCUCAGCCUUCAGCAGACAGCUGGGCACCUUUCCCAACCCGCAGACACGCUUCAAGGACCUAACGGGGAUAUUUUUCAUGGUGACCCUGAAUGUUCUGGCACUUCUAGCCAACACUGCAGUUCUGGUCGUUGUCAUAAAAGCCCCUCAUCUCAGGAAAUUUGCGUUUGUGUGCCACCUGUGUGCAGUGGACCUGCUGUGUGCUAUCGUGCUCAUGCCUCUUGGGAUUGUGUCCACCUCUCCAUACUUCACUGGUGUGGUGUUCACUGUACUGGAGUGCCAGGUCUACGUCUUCCUCAAUGUAAUCCUCAUAGCUGCUUCUAUCUUCACCAUCACAGCUAUCAGCGUGGAGCGCUACUACUACAUCGUCCACCCCAUGCGCUAUGAGGUCAAGAUGACGCUGAAGCUGACUGCAUCCGUGAUAGUGAUGGUGUGGGUGGCCUCUGCCGUACUGGGUUUGUCCACCGUGUUUGGCUGGCCGUCUUACAGCAGGCUGAGCUCCAUCAGUGCGGCACACUGCUCGCUGCACUGGAGCCACAGUGACCACAGACGAGUCUUCUCUGUGUUCUUCAGUGUCACCUGUUUCUGCCUGCCUGCUGUUGUGAUUUUCGCUGUCUACUGUAAUGUGUACAAGGUGGCACGUGUGGCUGCCCGCCAACAUGGCCCCCUGCCCUUGUGGACUAACAGUCAAGUGAAGCAUCGCUCCGACUCAAUAAACAGCCAGACUACCAUCAUCACAACCCGCAACGCCCCACGUAGGAUUAUGCGUGAUCGGCCUUUUGGUGGAGGUAAGGCAGCUCUCACUCUGGUGGUUAUUGUUGGCCAGUUUCUGAUCUGCUGGCUGCCUUACUUUGCCUUUCACCUCCAUCUGACGCUAGACGUAACACUCAAGAUUCCUGGUGACCUGGAGGAAACAGUCACCUGGCUGGCAUACGCCUCCUUUGCUAUUAACCCAUUUUUUUAUGGGCUUCUUAACCGGCAGAUCAGGGAGGAACUUUGUAAACUGAGGCGUUGCUACUCAGCCCGGCCGGUGGAGCUGGCCGUCUCCAGCCAUGAGGGCUCAGGCCAAGAGAACUUCCUGCAGUUCAUCGAUAGGACCAGCUGCACAGUAGAGACACGUGCAAGCUUUGCCACUUCCAGUCCUAGAAGCACUCUGGAUCAAACUGGGCAGACUAGCUUCAGGAUACCAGGGCAGAUCCCAGAAGAGUUCACUUAGAUAUACCUCACUGUUGUGCCACAGCAUUAGUAGCAUUAGUAGCCUGCAGGACCUUUUUUUUUUUUUUUUACAGCUACAAGAUACAUUUUUUUAUCCAAUGCACUUAAUGACUGUCUGCAAUAUGUCUGUAAACUGUAUCUGCAUACAGUACAAGAUAAGAUACAGCAUCAAGAAAUGAAUUGUUUGUGAAUCCCGACAUACUCUUUUCAUUGUAUCUAAAGAUUACACUCAGAAACAAUACUGGAAAAUAACCCUAAUGGACAUAGUUUCUUGAAGUAUCGUUACUGUAUUUGGGGUAAAAGUAGCAGCGCUAACGUUGUUAAUCUCAUAAGGAACGCGUUGUUUUUACUUGCUAAUAAAAGCAAAGUUACUUUUAUUUGCAAUCAUCGUAUCAAUUGUAUUAAAAGGUCAUUAACAACAAUACCAGAUUAUACUUGAAUAUGAAGUCAUGACAAUAUAAUCAGUAUAUCAACAGGUAAAUGAAAUCUCAGAAAUAAAGGAUUUAUAACGGGGAUGAGAGUCACUUUUCAUAAGUUCUUUAGACUACGUGUUUUUAUAUGGGGUGUCAAUAUAACAGCAAUAUUCUUUGUACAUGUAAUACAGUGCAUGUUGUAUUUAUGUUGCAGGAAUUUGUGUGAACUUUAUUUAUGUACUCAAAGAAGAGACACAUCACUUUUUGUUCAGAAAUGUAUUGUUUGGUAUUGCUUAAAAUGUGCAAAUAAACACUGGUUACUUUCAUCAUUUAUAUACAUCUUAGUAAAUAAUCAUUUAAUCCUGCUGUACAUCACUAGCAAGCAAUAUGUAAACAUUGUCGUAGCACAUUGAUUCUGUACUAAACAGAUUAAAAUCGAGCAAGAAUCACAUAUGACUGGGCAGUCAGUCUUGUAAAUUGUGUUAUUUAAUCAAUCAUUUUGUAUUUCUUACAGCAGAAAAUAAUUCACUACACAAUGUUAAUGUAUAAUGACUAAUCUUCUGCUGACCAAAAUGUCCUGUAGAUC